AUGGAUACUCGUCAACAAUUGAAGAAAAAUUCCAAGGUGGUUGAGCAAAGUUCAAGGUUAGUGUUGGGAGAAUUACCAAAGAAGAUUGGAGAUCCUGGACAUCUCACUCUUCCAUGUGAGUUUGGGAACAAUCUAAAGACUUAUGCUUCAGCCGAUUCUGGGGCUAGCAUAAAUUUGAUGCCUUUCUCAUUUUACAAAAAGCUUAAUAUUCAGAAGAUGAAGGCUACCAAAAUGAAAAUUCACAUUGAAAACCGUUCAGUGACACAACCAAGGGGCAUUGUAGAAGACAUAUUAGUAAAAAUUGGAAAUUUUGUUUUCCCAAUUGAUUAUGUGAUUAUGGAUAUGAAAGAAGAUCUCGAUGUCCCCAUUAUUCUUGGUCGCUCAUUACUUAACACUACUGGUGCCUUGGUUGAUAUUUGCGAGUCCAAAAUCACUUUGAGAAUAGGUGAUGAAAAGGAAACUUUUGGAAUAGAAGAUGGUUUCCAAGGGAGUGAUGUUCAAGGAGAGGUUUUCAAUAUAGAUAAAGAGGAUGAACUUGAAGAAUUGGGGAAGUUGAUUGAAGAAGAAAUAAAAACAAUUUAA